GAUAUCCAUGUUUUUAGAUGAAAUUUUUAACCGAUUAUGAAUACUUUAAGGAGGAUUCAAACUCGAGAGAGCUGUACAGCAAGAGUGGGCCCACUACCUAUAUACAAAUGGACUGGCCAAUAACUUAUCGACAAUCACGUGAAUAAAUCCCGAACGUCGAGCCGCAUCUCCGAAAAACAUCAAUUUGGAAAUAGAUUAUUUUAGUUCACGAUCUUCCUUCACAUCACAUACAUAACGACUGUGCUCCGGUAUUGACACGGAGCGGAUUAUAUCGAAGCACCUCUGAAAUACUUCCGUGCUUCGACACAGUCCGAACGAGUGACUUGCGAACAUAAGCGAAAGAUUUCAAGUCUUCGGACCGACAACCACACCAAGUCAUUCAAUAAACACACAAAAUGGCAAAGAAAGCAAAAUCACGAACAAUAACCGUCCGUCUCAUCUCAAUGGCCAUGACCGGCUUCUACAGAACAAUGAUCCGACCACGAACCCAUCGUCCACUGAGUAUGCUCAAAUACGACCCCGUCGUGAGGAAGAAGGUACUCUUUUUGGAGGCUACAAAAGGUGGGAAGGCGAAGUGAUUUAUACUUUAUAAAUCUCAUGGGAUGUUAAUAUGUUUGAGUAUGUGAUUAGAAGGUGGAGGAGAGAUGGUGAUUUACAUUCUGUAUGAAUAUUUAUUGGCGUUCUUUGUGUGUUUAAUAUUUUGUGGUAUAUUUGCGUUGUUGCAUUGGGAGCUGAAUGAUAUAAUAUCCCGUUUUCUGCUCUUCGAUUCGUUCCUGGAUUCUUGGUGUGAUGUUCUGGCUCAGGGUGGACGUGUGCGUUCCGAGUGGAUGCCUCCACUGGACGGUAAUGACCCGAUAGCAUGCCACUUCAAGCCCCUCGAGGUUGACGGACUUCGAACAGCUCAGUGCAGAUUCAGUGAAAAUCUAUUGGAGGACGCAUGUG